AUGCCGAAUAUUCAAGAACUCAUAGAUUCCGCAGCUCAGAUCAUUACCAGUGAUGUACCUAGAUUGAUAUGGUUCACAUCUCUUGACUUAAAAUACGCGUUUAGACAAAUUAAACUUUCGAAACUAACAAGCAGUCAUUGUAACUUCAACAUCACUUGCGGAGAGUCAACAGGAGCAUACAGAUUCAACACUGGGUCCUAUUAUGGUUUGAGGUAUAUGCCGUCUGAGUUUCAAAAAGCAAUGGACUGUACGCCUCAAGGAAUUCCGGGGACGAUUUGCUACUUGGAUGACAUCCUAGUGGUCUCAAAAGAGACGCUGUCACAACAAACUGAAACCGUUCAUAAAGACCUUUCUAAGCUGGAUGAAGAUGGAUUUGCGUUUAAGUUGUCCAAAUGCAAGUUCGCAGUGGACAAACUCAAAUGGCUGGGGUUCGAUAUACACUCAUCUCAUUACUACCCAAAAAUCUCCAAAAUAGAAGCAGUACGAAACUUGAAGGCACCUUGGACACUUAAGCAACUCCGAUCCUUCAUGGUUGGCCAAUCACACUUUGAAAUGACUUCGCCCAUCAACGCCUCUGCUUUGCUUGAUAACACAGCGAUCAGAGAAAACCUCCUCAACUUUGUCGAAAACUUCGAUACAGCCCCAAACCGUAACCCACCGAGCACCCCGUCUCCAACUUUUGUGGAAAUGGCUUCGGUCAACCCGCCACAUUCUCACCCUUUGCUCAGAUACAACCUAUUGCAGACAGUCAAUAAGAAAGAAAUAGUAGGCCUUCCUAGCCUAUUUGAGGUUGGAUUGCUGGCGGAACUUAGCGAUGAAGAUGAGUUUCUCGGGCCGAUGAAGAGGACAAUUUUGGACAAUGACGUUCAGUCCUUCUCGAAGCAAGGGGUGUGUAUCUCACAGUUCUGGCCAAUCGCGUCUGUGGUGGAUAACUGUAUCCUCAUCUAUAACAAACUGGUAAUACCUUUCAAGCUCCGUUCGGCGAUCCUGACCCGACUCCACAGAUCUCACCCGGGCCAGCUAGCUAUAAUAGAGGCGGCAGAAUAUAUCUGGUGGCACUUCAUGAAUCGCCAAAUUGUCAAAAAAUGCCAGGAGUGCAUGGAAUUUGGCCAAUCACACUUUGAAAUGACUUCGCCCAUCAACGCCUCUGCUUUGCUUGAUAACACAGCGAUCAGAGAAAACCUCCUCAACUUUGACGAAAACUUCGAUACAGCCCCAAACCGUAACCCACAGAGCACCCCGUCUCCAAUUUUUGUGGAAAUGGCUUUGGUCAAUCCGCCACGUUCUCACCCUUUGCUCAGAUACAACCGAUUGCAGACAUCUUAA